CCAAAUCAAUCAAUUAGGAGUAUGUAUCACUAUCACCCUCAAAUUAAAAACUUCCUUGUAAUGAUUUUUCCAUUCCAUGAUUAUUCUCUAGCUUCUUCUUCUUCAAACUCCAUAACUUUCUUCUCACUCUAAAACGUCAACGGGCUCUCUCUCCAGAAACCCUAAAUGAACGAUUGCUCCGGCCCACUCCGAUUUGAUCACCAUGUCAGAAGACGAAAUAGCGAUGGAUGCAAUAAAGCACGCUCUGAAUGCUCUUCGGAAGCGGCAUGUGCUCGAAGAGGGCGCUCAUUCCCCUGCUUUCAUCGCUCUUUCUAGGCCUCUUGUUGCUCAGGGCUCAGAAUGGAAAGAGAAGGCAGAAAAUCUGGAAGUGGAACUUCAGCAAUGUUACAAAGCUCAGUCACGAUUAUCCGAGCAGCUUGUGGUUGAAGUGGCAGAGUCCAGAGCUUCAAAAGCAUUAGCUCAAGAGAAAGAAGCCCUAAUCUCGGAGUUGCAAAAUGAGCUUACAGAAACAAGGGAUAAAUGCACUCAUCUAACCACGCUUUUAGAAGAAAAGACUGAAGCUUUAGAACUGGUCAUGAGUGAGCAUAAGGCAAUAAAAGCAGAACUUGAGGAGAUGAUCUUGAGAGCUAAACAUGCUGAGGCUGAAAAUAAGACUUUAAUUGACCGUUGGAUGCUACAGAAGAUGCAGGAUGCUGAACGCCUGAACGAGGCUAAUGCACUGUAUGAAGACAUGCUCAAUCGGCUCAAGGCGAGUGGUCUAGAACAACUAGCAAGGCAGCAAGUUGAUGGCGUGGUCCGCCGAAGCCAAGGUUCUGAGUUCUACGUGGAGUCCACUAUUCCUACUGUGUCCAAACACAAGAUACCUGCGCAUGAAGGCGGAUGUGCUGCCAUAAUCUUUGACUACAGCUCUGGAAAAUUGGUUAGUGGAGGACAAGACAGGACUAUCAAAAUGUGGGAUACAAACACUGGCUCACUCAGUCGUAGUCUUUUUGGUUGCCUUGGCUCAGUUCUUGAUCUCACGAUUACCCACGAUAACAAAUCCAUAAUCGCCGCAAGCAGUUCAAAUAAUCUCUACGUAUGGGAUGUAAACUCGGGACGGAUGAAUCAUACCCUGACGGGCCACACGGAUAAAGUAUGUGCGGUAGAUGUGAGCAAAGUCUCAAGUCGACUUGUAGUAAGUGCUGCUUACGACCGUACUAUAAAAAUUUGGGAUCUUUUUAAAGGGUACUGCACCAACACUCUAAUUUUCCAUAGCAAUUGCAAUGCCAUUUGCUUCAGUAUGGAUGGACAGACCAUCUGUUCAGGUCAUGUGGAUGGGAAUCUGCGGUUAUGGGAUAUCCAAACGGGAAAGCUCCUUAGUGAAGUUGCUGCACAUUCUAUGGCUGUUACUUCGAUCUCUGCUUCUAGAAACGGAAACAUGAUAUUAACAAGUGGGAGAGACAAUUUGCACAAUUUGUUUGAUAUUCGGUCUCUUGAAGUUUGUGGAACCCUAAAAGCGAGCGGAAACAGAGUGGCAUCGAAUUGGAGCCGAUCUUGCCUUAGUCCGGACGACAGUUAUGUUGCUGCUGGAUCUGCUGAUGGGUCUGUCUACAUUUGGUCGGUAUCAAAAUCUAGUAUAGUGAGCACUCUGAAGGAGCACAAUUCUUCUGUCCUAUGUUGUUCAUGGAGUGGUCUUGGGAAGCCUUUAGCCUCCUCUGACAAGAGUGGGAUUAUUUGUACAUGGACGUGAUUGAUCACACUUGGUGCAUAUCAGAAUUUGUUUACUGCAACUUUGUUGUUCUUUUCCUGUAAAUACAAUGGUAUAUCUGUAUGAUUCACUUUGUUUUUUAA